CCACCACCACCCUCGCCUCAUCGAGUUUCGUCCUCGCUGACGAAGCGCUCACUCGCUUCCACACCGAUGGAUCCCUGGGCCACGCCCUCGCCCUGGGCCGACGACGGCAGCGGCGGCGACGCGUCCUCAUCAGCCGCGACCUCCAGCUCCUCCACUACAGCGCCCGUGUCCUCCUCUCCGCCCGCAUCUCCCAUUCGUCCUCAGAUUUCGCCUGUCCGUCUCGCGCUGCCUUCGCUCGGAAGCGAAGAUCCAUGGGCGUCGCCGAGCACCAGUGCUGCGCCUGCUUCCGCGCCAGAUGCAGGAGCGGACGAGGGACACUCCACUCCCACUCGCGUCGCUUCGCCGGCUGCGCCAGCUGCGCUCUCACCGCUCAACGAGCGUGCGGGAUGGCAGGAUGAGCGGCCGGACGCAUGGGCGCCUUCCGUUCCUUCCACUUCCGCAGAGGCCGAAGCAGACGAGCCGCGCCCGCCCUCGCCCUGGGGUGGUGUGGAAGCUCUGCCUCCUCCUUCUGCAUUCGCAACGCAGCGCCGCGAGAGUGGUGCAUCACUCGGAACUGUAGGAGCGGCGGGCGCAGGUGGAGGAGGAUGGACGCCCGAGCGCCGCGAGAGCGUCGGGUCUGGCUGGGCACAGGUGGAUGAUGAUGGUGGGCCGCCGCGCUGGCCUGGCUCGGCACAGAGUGAGCAGUUCGCAGGGACUGCUGAGUCGGAUCGCUCUGCUUCUCCUACCUCGCCCUCCUCGCCCGAAGUGGAGCUGCAAGUGCGCGAUCUGGACGCCGAGCGCGCCGCAGCGACUGCCGCGUCUUCCAGCACCGAGGCAUCAGCACCCGCAGCGACGUCUCGCUUCGCCGCGCCCUUUGCCGCACUCGCUUCCUGGCGCAAGCCCGCCACGCUGAGCGGCACGGCCGACGGUGCAAAGGCGACGAGUAGUAUCCGUGCCGCUUCUCCUCCACUCGGCGCCGCGUCCACUUCCACUGCGACGUCACCGCCGCGCAAGGGCGCGAACGACGCAUCGACGGCGAGCGAAGGACCAGGCUGGAAGCAAGUGCCUCGCAAGCCUGAAAGUGGUCUCGCUGCGCGUUUCUCUGGGCUUUGGGGCUCCACGAGCGGCAGUGCACCGCGCAUUGCGAGCGCGGCGGAGGAGGAGGAGGAGUCGCCGGAUGCGUCUUCUGCGUCGAGGACACAGCAAGAUGCACAGAUGGCCGCGUACGGCUCAGGCCUAGAUGGCACGCGCGAUGCAGUGCCGAUUUCGGGCGGGAGCGAGGCUGUGGCGCCGGGCGCAAAGACGGAUCAAGCACAGCAGCAAGGAGGAUUGGCAAAGUGGUUGAGAUGGGGACGCAAGGCGGGCGCGCCACCGCCGAGUGGCAUGAGCGAUGCGGAUCUCGAAUGGCUCGAGGGCCUGCCGGCGGCGCCGGAACAGCAGGGAGAAGGGCAAGCGGAGGAUCUGGAUAGCUGGCUGAAAGAUGUCAUGGCUGCAAGACCUGGCGCGGCGGGAGGGAGCGCGGCGGCUCAGCGGCCGAUGGUGCAGUCCACCUCGCGGGCCACGGGAGCGCCGAUUCCUCGCAUCGCGCAACCCCCGAGAAGCAGUGCACUCCUCGAUCUCGCCGACUUUGAUCCCAUCUCCGGCAGCGCCGUCAAGCGCUCCCAGAGCGUGCGUGCCAGUGGCGGCCCUGGCGGAGGAGCAGCGCGCAUGGCCUCUAGUUUCAGCAAUGAUGCUUCUCGCAGCUCUGCGCGGCAGCAGCAGCUAGACGACGACUUCGACGACUUUGCGACUGCGCCUGCUGCAUCUAUGGCCGGACUGCCUCGAUGGGCCAGCGCGCAGCCUGCGGCGUCGACAAGCACGAGCGGCACUUCGCCGGCGCGCGCAACCGUGGGCAGCGGCCUUGGACGGGGCCGCUACUCGGCGCGCAACCUGGCGUCGUUGCAGCCACGGCGACGAGGGAGCUACGAGGAGGAGGAGGAUGACGAGGAUGACUAUGGACACAUGUCGCCUCGUGAGGGCCAGACGGGCGGUGGAUCAUACACAGAUGGGCAUGAGGCGACAGGAACGGCGUUCAGGGCGUAUCGGGACGAAGCGCCCGUCUACAACGACGACGUCGACGACGACUCAACGACGCGUCGUCCCGCUCCGCCGCCGAAGCUCGCACCUCCUCCAGCGACGCGCACAAGCAUCGACUCUGUCCGCCUCAGUGCAACAGGGCGAAGCGCGACGCCUCCGAUCCGCACAAUUUCGCCCGUCAUGUCCUCCUCGUCUUCUUCGUCUGGCGCUGGUGCUGGCGCACGCAUCGCUCCGACGCUGCCGCCGCCGCCGGGGAGUGGCAGACUGCCGCCGCCGGGCUCCAUGCGCUCGCAGCAACAGCAGCCGCAACAGCAGCAGCAGAAAGGAGUAGACCUGCUAGACGACUUUGCAGACUUUACCUCUGCGCCGUCGCCGUCUGCUCCGCCCGCCUUCACGCCGCCUGCGUCUGCUCCUCUCAGUGCUGGCACUGCGCCUGGCGGCGGGAGCAUGCAGGCGAAGCCGGCGCCACUGCAGACGCAGCAGACGCAGCACGCUGGCGCGAAGACCGGAGGCCUCUCGGCGGCGGAUCUGAGCUUUUUCGACGGCCUAUAGAGCGCUGAGUCGCUAUCUCCAGACGCCCUCAUGUGCAGGCAGUGCCGAUCGAUACCUCUUCCACUCUCUGCGUGGUGCAGUCUCGCACGCAUAUUCUCUGCCCGCCUGAUCCCCCCCACCACUCCCCCAGAUUUGAGCAUCUUUGCUGGGCUGUGAUGGCGACUGACGCGAGGAGAUGCGCACGGGUGGCGGGAAAGGACACCAGCUGAGCGCUGAGUACAAAUGCUAUACCUCCUGAUCCAGGCCUUCCUGU